CUAUCAUGUCAGAUGUUGGAAGAUUCAGCAAUAUGGCCUAGAAAUUAGAAAGGUCAUAAGACUGGUUUUGGAUCCAGGUUGACAGUGAAUAAUACUUGGUGCUGAAUGAUAUCCUAUAAGAGUAAUGAAAAUACAUGGACCCAUGUUCUAAUAAUACUUGGCGCUGCAAUCACAAUUAAUUGAAGCACUACAAGAACACCUUGACAACAUCUGGAUCAAACGAGAGGAUCUUCAGCCUGUCUUCUCAUUCAAACUUCGAGGAGCAUAUAACAUGAUGGCCAGACUCCCAAAGGAGCUUCUGGACAGAGGAGUCAUAUGUUCAUCUGCUGGCAAUCACGCUCAAGGAGUUGCGUUAGCUGCAAAGAAACUCAGUUGCACCGCUGUAAUCGUGAUGCCCGUUACUACACCUGAGAUCAAGUGAAAGUAGAAAGACUAGGGGCAACCGUUGUCCGGGUUGGGGACACAUAUGAUGAAGCACAAGCAUAUGCCAAAAAGAGGGCCCAAGACGAAGGACUUACGUUUGUCCCUCCAUUUGAUCACCCUCAUAUAAUCAUGGGACAGGGCACAGUUGGAAAGGAAAUCAUGAGCCAAGCAAAAUGUGGCGUAGAUGCCAUAUUUGUGCUGGUUGGUGGGGGUGGGCUCAUUGCAGGCAUCGCUGCCUAUGUUAAGAUGGUGGAUCCAGACGUGAAGAUAAUUGGAGUUGAGCCAAACAACGUGAAUGCCAUGGCUUUGUCUCUGCAUCAUGGUCUGCUGGAUCAAGUCGGGGUUUUGCAGAUGGCGUGGCUGUUAAAGUGGUCGGGGAAGAAACAUUUUGUCUAUGCAGGCAUCUAAUAGAUGGGGUUCUCUUUGUUACCUAGGACGCCAUUUGUGCCUCAAUAAAGGACAUCUUUGAGGAGAAAAGAAGCAUUCUAGAGCUAGCAGGUGCACUUGCUCUAGCAGGUGCAGAGCCCUACUACAAACAUUAGAACCAAAAGGAUCAAAACAUCGUUGUUAUUGCCAGCGGGG